AUGUUUAAGAACGUAGUUGGUAAAAUAGGAAAGAUACAAGUUAUCUAUGGCCCGAUGUUUAGUGGCAAGACUACUGAACUCAUUCGUCGAAUCAAGAGGUUCAAUCUUACCAAUCAAAAGUGUCUCCUCAUUAAAUACAGUAAAGAUACAAGAUACAAUGAGAUAGACCGUAGUCUUUUAUAUACACACGACAAACAAAAUUAUCAAGCAUUCCCAUGUUCAGUGUUGGAAGAAGCAAAGGAUAAAGCACUUGAUUACGAUGUAAUCGGUAUUGAUGAAGGUCAAUUUUUUCAAGAUAUAGUUCCAUUUAGUGAAGAUCUUGCUAAUCGAGGCAAGACUGUCAUUGUUGCAGCACUUGAUGGUACAUUCCAAAGAAAACCCUUUGGGACUGUACUCGAGUUGGUCCCAAAGGCAGAGAGCAUUACAAAGCUUACAGCGGUUUGCAUGCAAUGCUUCAAAGAUGCACCAUUCACCAAAAGAAUCGUUCCUGAUGAAACGGUUGAACUCAUUGGAGGAGCCGAUAAAUAUAUAUCAGUUUGUAGAGAAUGUUAUCAUGCUGAAGAUAUUAAUUUAAAUCAAAAUCAAAAUCAAAAUAAUAAUAAUAGAAAUAAUAAUAAUAGUAAUAAUAGUAAUAAGGUUUAA